UUUUCAACACGAACACUAUGAACAUCUGCUGGGUUAUAGGCUUCAUUUCUUUAGCUUUAAUCGCCGUUGGACAAUCUCAAGCAAAAGUGUUCAAAAUCGCAAACAAAGCUCAUUCUUCGAAGGCAACACGAAGAAUUAUCAUCGUCAAAUGUUGCGGGUUCAAAAGAUGCCUUCCAUCACGCGCAGCGCUGAAAAAUAGGACAAUUAUUCGCACGACGAGCGAGAAGAGUAGUAGCAAACCUAGUCAAUUCACGGAAAGCGGUUUCGCGUCAGUACCCAGCAGCAAUGAGGCCAUCCCGACAGGAAAUUAUGGCGGCUUGAAACAGACAGCAGCUGGAGAGAGCACUAUGGAAACUUCGGAAAAUGACGCUCUUGAAGAAAUAAAAUAUACAAUUACGGACGGUGACGUAAUCACUACAACUAAAACCACCACCGUCCCAGGAAAGGUUCAAGAAGGGGCUGGAAAUUCGGUUUCGGAAUCUAUCUUUUCCGCAAAAUAUGAAAAAACCAGUGGCGCCACGAAGAACGCACAUGAAAUUCUAUCGUCUUCAUCCACAAAAACUGAAACUAUAAUGGCAUUUUCCACUUCGUCAACAUUCUUUCCAACAAUUUUCUCAACGACUGCGGCAACAUCUUCCACGGUGACGAGGGCAACAACCUCUUUGAAAACCACGACCACACCUGCUCCGUGUUUCUUAAACUGCUCUGAUUUCAACGAUUUCCUAUUGAUGCCGACACGAAAACCAUCUCAAUCUGAUGGUUCAAUUCAAUACUCGACGUCUUGCAAGAGGCAAUACUACGUUUCGAAAACAGCCGUUUCGAGGAACGAAGCGGCGUUGAGGUGCAAAGCUUUGGACAUGAAUCUCUUGACCGUCACUUCUCUCGAGGAACUGGAUUGUCUCAGCAGUUUUCCAGACACUUUCUGGACGAGUGGCUCAAUGGAAGGGCUGAAUUGUGGUUUAGAGAAAAGAUUCACGUGGUGCUCAACGGGCUAUGACAUUUCACCGACCCUAAUUUCAACGGAAAAAUAUUGGCUGCGGACAGACACAACCCCUUCCACCCUGGAACGCUGUUUGGCUGUCGUCACUUCAAUGAACCCCCUAAAUCAGGGGAUGACUCACAGAAAUUGUGAUGAUGCCUUGCCCUACAUAUGUCAAUUCCCCGUCGACUGUCCCAAGCAGUGCAACAAAAAUGCCUCUUUAUUUGAUCCUGCCGGAAAUUUAAUUGAUAAAUCAUCAUACGGUGUAUGGAUUGAUAUUGAAAGCUACACGUAUCUCUUGGGAAAUAAGCCGAUGUCUUGGUUGUCGAGCUGGCAGCAGUGCUGUGCCUUAGGAAUGGAGACCCUCAACAUCGACAACGCGGCCGAGCAACUGGGCCUGACUAAUUUAACUUACGGAGCUACUCCAAAAACCUGGAAAAUGAAUUUCAAUUACUGGACCUCCGCGACGUGGAAAGGUUCUCCUGUCGGCCAGUGGUCGUGGUGCGAGCCGUACGGGCCGACGAUUUUCCCCCCAAAUCUCACUUGGGAGCGCGGACAGCCGGACAACAAUGGCGGAAACGAGAUUUGCAUCCACUACCGAUUUGUUUUGAACUCAACAGGCACGAUUUUGACGGACAGAAACUGCGCUAACAAACUCAUAUAUGCGUGCAAGGCAUAA